CCCUCUCUAUCGUCCCUGCAUCGCCAGUCUGCUUCUGUUGUCUCGGCGGAUUGUUGGUCUGGGGAGAAAGGAUAUCGCGAGUGUUGGAGUUUUGGUGAGAGUUUGUGGAAGAUGGCGCCUGUUGUGACAGGGAAGUUUGGGGAGCGCCCUCAACCACAGCGCCUAACAAGAGAAGCGAUGAGGAAUUACCUAAAGGAGCGAGGAGACCAAACUGUCCUGAUCCUGCAUGCAAAAGUUGCCCAGAAAUCUUAUGGCAAUGAAAAAAGGUUCUUCUGUCCACCCCCAUGUGUCUACCUGAUGGGCUCUGGCUGGAAGAAGAAGAGAGAGGAGAUGGAGAGAGAAGGCUGUUCAGAGCAGGAGGCUCAACCCUGUGCCUUUAUAGGGAUAGGAAACAGUGACCAGGAGAUGCAGCAGCUCAACAUAGAGGGAAAGAACUAUUGCACAGCCAAGACCUUGUACAUAUCAGACUCCGACAAGAGAAAGCACUUCAUGCUGUCGGUCAAGAUGUUCUACGGCAACAGCGCCGACAUCGGCGUCUUCCUGAGUAAGAGGAUAAAAGUCAUCUCCAAGCCCUCCAAGAAGAAACAGUCCCUGAAGAACGCAGACCUGUGUAUUGCAUCGGGUACCAAGGUGGCCCUGUUCAACCGGUUGCGGUCCCAGACGGUCAGCACGCGCUACCUACAUGUGGAGGGGGGAAACUUCCACGCCAGCUCCCAGCAAUGGGGUGCCUUCUACGUUCACCUGUUGGAUGACGAGGAGUCUGAAGGAGAGGAGUUCACUGUGAGAGAUGGCUACAUCCACUAUGGUCAGACGGUCAAACUGGUCUGCUCUGUCACCGGGAUGGCCCUGCCACGCCUGAUCAUCCGUAAGGUGGACAAGCAGACGGCCUUGUUGGAUGCAGACGACCCCGUCUCCCAGCUGCACAAGUGUUCCUUCUACCUGAAGGACACAGAGCGCAUGUACCUGUGUCUUUCCCAAGAGAGGAUCAUACAGUUUCAAGCCACUCCAUGCCCAAAGGAACCAAACAAAGAGAUGAUCAACGACGGAGCGUCCUGGACAAUCAUCAGCACGGACAAGGCUGAGUACACCUUCUACGAGGGCAUGGGCCCCGUCCACUCGCCUGUCACCCCCGUGCCUGUAGUCGAGAGCUUACAGCUAAACGGGGGCGGGGAUGUGGCCAUGCUGGAGCUGACGGGACAGAACUUCACCUCAAACCUGAGGGUCUGGUUCGGAGACGUGGAGGCAGAGACCAUGUACAGGUGUGCGGAGAGCAUGCUGUGCGUGGUACCCGACAUCUCAGCCUUCCGCGAGGGCUGGCGCUGGGUACGUCAGCCGGUGCAGGUUCCCGUCACGCUGGUGCGAAACGACGGCAUCAUCUACUCCACCACGCUCACCUUCACCUACACGCCGGAGCCUGGGCCGCGGCCACACUGCAACGCCGCCGGAGCCAUCCUACGGGCGGGCAGCGACCGCCUUCUAACGGCUAGCAGCAACAGCGACGCUAACAACAGCUACGGCCCCAACAACGCAGGAGUCACAUCCUCUUCCACGGCUGCAGCCGUGGUGUCCUAACACAAACACACACACACACCUAUACACAUACACAAUAUGCCUCGAGAGCAAAAUGUACCACAUGGUAAAAAGACUAUGAAGUAAACUGACUCUCUAAAAGUGCUGCAUAUUGAUCUGGGAUUCAAAAGAAGCUGAAAUUGAAAAUUGAUCGGACGGAAAAAGGAGGAAUUCAAAGAUAGUUCCUAUGUUAAAAGUUGUCAACCAGCGGAAAUAAGAGAAACUGUGAACUCCUCGCCGCUGCCCUUUUGUGAUUCGUAAGGGACAUACCUGUCGGUUUAUGGUGUUUGAGCUGUGUAAUAGGGAGUUCCUAUUGGCUCAGCGCGCCAGUGUCUUUAACGGAGACCACAACAACUAUACAUCCACCACAUGUAUAGUACGUUAACAAAACCGUCGAUUUUCUGUUCUUUUUUCCCCCUCCCUCUGUUUAUUUUUUCCCUCUUUUUUUGUCUCGUUAGUCGCCUAUGUUACUGUAAAGGGACGAAAUGUAUCGUUGUUGGAGGGAGAGCGAGGAGUGGACAUAGUGGGACACAUAAAAAUGUCAUGACGAUAACAUUGUUUUUGUGGACCAAGGAUCUUGCAUAAGCUUCAGUAAAGGUACAUUUUCACCUUUUUUGUAUGAAACAUAUAGUACACUUUUGUUACCAAAUAGUUUCUAUUCUCUUCCUCCGAGCUUUGGGCUUUUUUUGUUGUUGUCCAAAUCCCGACCUGGCAUGUGUAUUAUAGCUACCUUUACUUCUUGUCUCCAUCAAAUGCCUGCUUCUUUCGGUCUUUUCGACGGAACGUUGAAUUUUUGAUACUUUGCUAGUCUUGGGAUUUUUUUUACCUAACCGAUGGUUUGUUUGUGUUAGGGAGUAACCUCAGCGGGCCUAAUUUUUGUAUUCUCAUAGUUUUUUUUUAUGAAGUCUUUAAAAAGAAAAGCUUUAAGCAACGCCUCUGCCUUGCCUGCAAUACUCUGUGUGCUACAAGCUACGUUUCCUUUGGAAAGUACAGCAUGUCUGUACAUCACGCAUGGAGCCAUGGUGACGUGAAUUCUUCCAUUUAUUUAAAAUGUUAAAAACUGGACUUCCAGUUACAAAAUAGUUUGUCAUUUUCAUACACAUUUAAUGAGUCUAGUCGUUAAAAUGAAAUGUUAGCCUUAGUACAGUAAUAUUAAUACAGUCAACUAAAAUCAUAUCACAUAUCCAAAGUUGAGAUCAUGUUGCUGUAUUGGUCGCCACAGAAGUGUCCAGCGACGUCUUCAAAUCUGUCAGUCAGUAUAUUGUGUUACUUGGCCUUGGUGUCUUCUUAUGUAUAGAUCUGGUGGCAUUUAAAACUUUCAUUGGUUUUAGAAAACGGAAAAGACAGACACUUCCAAUUCGAUGUGGCCUUACCGCUAACUUAAAUGUCAAAGAGUAACAUUACCCUUCCAACGACCUGCCCUUUUCAUUUACGUAACUAGAAAGUAUCUGUGUGGGAAAAAAGUCUGUCUUAUCUCUGCUCAUUACUAGGUUGAAGAUGACAAGGGGAUUCUAAUAUCCCAUAACUCUUUACAACAAUGGGACCAGCUAUGCUAGUUAGCAACGACACUAGUCCAAUUAAGUUGUUUGUUUUCUAAUGCUGCCCAAUGGAAUUAUUACGUUGUCCUAACCUGUAUAUUUUUCACCUGGACUCGUUACAGGAAUGUGUUUCAUUGGACAACAUAACCCAUAAUGCUGUCUUUGUGUCACUGCUUCAAAAACACACUGUCAUACAUACGAUCAGCAUUCUGGAGGAUUUGUUGUUAAAACAAACUCUGUUCAGUGUGAAAGUACAACACAUAUAGUACCAGUCAAAAGUUUGGACACACCUACUCAUUCAAGGGUUUUUCUUAAUUUUUUUACUGUUUUCUACAUUGUAGUAUAAUAGUGAAGA